AUGUCUUCCCUUCCCCACCAUCUAAACCCUAACCUAAACCCUAGCCAAAAUCCUUUUCCUCUUCUUAACCAUGCUAGUACGCUACCAAAUCCUACCCGUUCCGUUAAACCUUCAAAAUCAGCAGUCCCGGUUACGAUUUACUUCGAGAAUUUCCCUCAAUUUUGGAAAUAUUCAGACCUACAGAGAGCCUUUGCUAAAUACGGUGUUUAUGGCAAGGUAAUUACAGCUAGGAAGUUAAACAAGGCCAGCAGGAGAUUUGGAUUUCUGACAAUUGAUCCAACUUUCCAUGUGAAUGAUGUUCUUUCAAGGAUGAAUACGGUUUGGAUAGGCACUUAUCACAUUAGGGCAUUCAUAUCACGUUACCCUUUUGCACCUAGGGUUUUGAAUGAGAAACCUGUGUUUGCCCCUGCACUGCAAGAUAAGAAACAGAUCCCUAAGCCUGUUCCAUCUUCAUUCCGAGACAGAAGGUCCUUUGCGCAGGUUCUGAACCCAAAUCUUAUUAUUGCUUCACCCAAGCAUAAGAGAUUUCAGAAUUCUGUAAUUGCAGGAGUGUCAUCACUACCUAAUCUUCUUCAUGCAUGCAGCUACCUACGUAAAAGAGGUAUUACUUUUCUCUCUUCAUCCUUCUUGGGAGGAAAAUUCAUCCUUUUCAAUUUUAAUUCUUCAAUUGAAAAGGACAAUUUUUUGAAAAUUGAUUUCUCGGAUUUCUUUGAAUCGGUUAUUCCAUGGAAUUCUGAUUUUAUUACGCAUGAAAGAUAUGUUUGGGUUAAGAUUUUAGGGGUUCCAAUGGCUGUUUGGGAUGAGGAUAUUUUUUGCCGAAUUGGUAAUCAAUUGGGAAGCUUCAUAACAGUUCACCCUUUUGUUAACUCAAUGGAGAGGAUGGACGCUGCGUACGUGCUUAUCUCCACAGGAUAUGAUAGGAUGGAUGCAAAUCUUAUUAUUAAAGUGGGAGAGAUUAUGCAUGAGAUUUUCAUAUUGGAAACUGAUUCCCCAGUUCUUAUGACAGAUUAUAGUGAAUGUUCUACAUCCGAUGAUGGAUCGGAUUCUGGAGAAUCCAGCUCUAAGAGUGAGAGCUUGGGCCACCAUUCCCCGCCUCUUUCUCCAAGUGCAGAUUUUGAUUUGGCAACAGAACACUCGACCCCAGACUGGCAGAAGCAACCUAUUAGUGAUCAUGACUCUCAUAACUCUCCACCAAAAUCAUCUUUCGUUCCUGAAUCUGCAGAAAUUGAUUACCCAGCUCUCAAUCAUCCUAGCAUUACUCAACGCAGGAAGCAAAAAGUGAUAGCUGCUACUGGAAGUCUAAAAUCUUUAGACUUAACUUUUACAGCUGAUACUUCAUCCCUCAAAAGUGAACAUAUCAGGCUCCGAAACAACAAUUUUCUAGAAGAUUUUGAAAAAGAAAAAAUGAAUGAGAGAUCAAUGGCAGAAUUGGAGAAAACAUGGAAUAUUGGACUCAAUACGGGGUUUAUUACAGUUUUGAUGCCUAGCUCUUUUAAAUGUAUCUCCUGGAAUUGCCGUGGAGGUUUAUCCUCCUCUAGAAAACAACGUAUUGUUCGUUCUAUGGUGAGAAAAAAUUCUUUAACUUUUCUUUGCCUUAUUGAGUCCAAAAAGGAAAGUAUAGACGAUUUUCUUAUUAAUAGAUUAUGGCCGUCUUUGGAUUUUGAAUAUUGUUUUUCUCCGUCCUCGGGUGCAUCUGGUGGUAUUAUUUGUAUCUGGAACAAGAAUUUACUUUCUCCUAUGGUAGUUUCAAAGACCAAAAACUGGAUUACUUUAGAUUUCUUGUGGAAUUCUAUUCCCUUUAGAGGGAUUUUUGUUUAUGCUAGUUGUUGUGCUAUUGAGAGGGCUGCUCUAUGGAAUUUAAUUAAACAAGAUCUUGCGACAGAAAGAAAUUGUUUUAUCAUAGGAGAUUUUAACGAGAUUUUGCUGCCCUCGGAUCGCCUUCAUUGCAGCUCCUUUUCUUCUUCUAUGAGAUUGUUUUCUGAGUUCAUAAAUGAUUCUAACCUUAUAGAGUCUCCUCUUCAAGGAAGAUUAUUUACCUGGGAGAAUUCAGUUUCUAAAUCUAAGCUGGAUAGAUGCUUUAUUACUAAUGGUGUUGUUGAUAUUUGGCCGAACAGUUACCUAUCUGCUUUGCCAAGAAAUUUCUCGGAUCAUGUCCCGCUUCUCUUUCGUUCUCAAGUGAAUAUUGAUUGGGGUCCAAAACCUUUUAAGUCGAUUAAUGCCUGGUGGGAACACAAAGACUUCAAAAUGUUUGUUUCAGACUCUUGGACAUCAACUUCGGAUCAGCUGAACUUUGUGAGCAAGCUGCGUUCUCUUCGAGCUUUAAUUAAAAACUGGAAUCUGACUGUUUUUGGUAAUCUCAAUCACAAGCUUGACUCUACACUUCAAGCUAUUCAUUCGUUGGAAUCUUCUCGGGACUUUCAGGACCUUUCAGACUCGGAUAAGGAAGUUUUGUCUUCUCUCCAUUCUGACAGCUACCGUUUUUCGAAACAACUUGAAUCUCUUUGGCACCAAAAAUCUAGAGUGAAUUGGACUCUGCUCGGGGACAGAAACACGAAAUUUUUUCACUCAAUAGCUUCUAUUCACUCUAGAACGAAUCUGAUGUCAGAAAUAUCAGUUGAUGGUAACCUUUAUGAUUCGCCUAUUGAUAUUAAACAGCAGGUGACGUUGUUUUUUAAGAAGCUAUAUAAAAGAAACUUGACUGUCCCGUUUUCUUUAGAUAGCUUAGAGGUUAAAAAGAUUUCAGCUGCUCAGUCUAUGGCUUUAACAGAUUCGUUUUCUGAAGAGGAAAUUCUUAGUACUCUUAUGAAUUGCGAGGAUAAUAAAGCACCGGGUCCUGAUGGUUUUAAUUUUUUCUUCUACAAGAGAGCUUGGCAUAUUAUGAAAUAUGAUUUCCUGCAGCUUUUCUCCACCUUCCAUUCCACUGGAACUUUUCCCCCAGGUAUCAAUACUGCUUUCCUUGUGUUGAUUCCUAAAAUCAAAGGUGCUACUAAUCUCACGGAUUUCAGGCCUAUUAGCUUGAUCAAUGGAGUUUUUAAACUUCUUUCUAAGGUUUUAGCAAACCGCAUGUCUUUGGUUCUCCCUCAUAUCAUUUCAGAGAAUCAAUUUGGCUUUAUUAAGGGCCGAAAUAUUCAUGAUUGCCAUAUGAUUGCCUCUGAAAUUCUCCACAUUGCUGCUAGGCGAAAAGAGAAACUUUUUCUUCUUAAGCUUGAUUUUAAAAAAGCUUUUGAUAGUAUCUCAUGGGAUUUCAUUCUGAAAAUGUUGAAUAGAAUGGGUUUUGACGACACUUGGAAGAAAUGGAUAUCUUAUUUUUUUGAUACGUCGCAGCUUUCGGUUCUUGUUAAUGGGAGUCCGUCGACGAAUUUUUUGAUGGGUAAAGGCGUUAGACAGGGUGAUCCUUUAUCUCCCAUGUUAUUUGUCCUUGCAGUUGAGGGUCUCAAAGCAUUGAUUAGCCAAGCUGUUAAUAAUCAUCUUUUGGAUGGCAUUAGAAUAGAUGGUUAUCGAGAGCCUAUUUCUAUCCUUCAAUUUGCAGACGAUACGCUUCUUUUCAUUCCUCAGGAUUUGGAUAUGAUUAGAAAUUUAUUGCGGAUUCUUCGUUGUUUCGAGUUGGUUUCUGGGUUAUCGAUUAAUUAUCAGAAAAGUUCAAUUUUGGGUAUUAAUGUGGAUGACGAAACAUUGGCAGCAGCUUCUUCAAUUCUGAAUUGCCCAACAGAUACUUUUCCUAUUACUUAUCUUGGCCUACCUCUUUCUCCUAAAUCCAUUCGUGCAAAUCUUUGGCAGCCAUUGGUUUCUAAAUUUUCGGACCAACUUGCUCUUUGGAAGGGCAAUUUACUCUCGCCUGCAGGAAGACUUAUUCUAAUAAGGUCUGUUCUUAAUAGCUUUCCCGUUUAUUUUAUGGGAUCCUUCGCUAUCCCUCAAGCAGUUAUAGCGGUUCUGGAUAGGUGUAUGAAACGAUUCCUUUGGCAUGGCAAUGUGGAGGGUAACGGUAUCUGCAAGGUUUCUUGGGAAAGUGUUUGUCUCCCUUUUGAAAAGGGGGGUCUUAAUUUGAUUCCUUUCAAAUUAAAAAAUCAAAGCCUUUUAUGCAAAUGGAUGUGGAAACUUAGAUCAGAUAACACUUCGUUGUGGUUUUUUGUGGUCACUACUAGCUGUUCAAUUUCUUCUUGGCAUGAACUUCAGUUAUGCAACAUUCAACAUUUAUCCCAUCAAUGGAAAGUGAUUCACAGAUCGUGUAUUGCCAACUCUCAUCUUUGGACUUUAUUUAAUCAGCACGUUUCGGUUAGUAUGGGUAACGGGAAAUCAGUAAGGUUUUGGAGCGAUAAUUGGUCGGGUGAAUCUCCUCUUGCUGCUCGUUAUGAGAAGCUUUUCUCCUUGUCCUUGAACCAAUCAGAUACAGUUCAUCACUUGCUUUCAGAUUCAGCUUCAGAUUUUGGGAACUCACAUCAGCAUUUUCGAACUCAAUUUCGUUGGAGAAGACAACUGCGAAUUGGCGAGCAAGAACAGUUAUCUUCGCUCCUUCAGGAAACCAAUCAGCUGCUUCCUCUAAACAGCAACUCAGAUACUGUCCUUUGGCGUGGUAAGCAGUUCAGAACGAGAGAUGUCUCUGUCCUUCUUCAGCAGUCCACGCCUCCUUGUUCAAGUUUUAUGCGAGGUAAACUUCAUUCUUUUGCGUUCUGGCAUUGGAACUUGCCUCCAAGAAUAAAAUUCUUCUGCUGGUUGGUUAUCAGAGACAGGGUUCUCUCUAAGGCUUCUCUAGUCUCGCGAGGUAUUAUUCCCAUUAAUCUUAUUGGCUGCACAGUUUGUAAUAUUUCAGAAACUACUUUUCAUAUUCUUUGCCACUGUUCCUAUGCUUGGAAAUUCUGGAGUUGUAUUUUAGCAAAGUGUGAUAUUGUUUGGGUCUCUCCGGCUAAGAUUGAUAGCUUUUUUGAGUUGUGGAUCUCUUUUUGUCAUUCCUCUCACAAAGAUUUAUGGAGAUUGAUUUGGUUUAUGGGCAUUUGGGAAUUAUGGAAAGCUCGCAACAAUAGGGUGUUCAACGAUAAAGUGAUUCCUCAUGAAGUUUUGGUUUAUUCUUGUAUUUGCAAGGCAGUGCAGUUUUUUUCAGCUUUUCAUCCGUCUUUCCCUUAUUCGGGUAAUGACGUUUUUAGAUGUCUGGACAAUUUUGUAAUUCCCCUUUGA